AUGGAGCUAAUAGAAAAGUUUUUCCCACAAGCUAUGCUAGACCACAAAGAGACGGAAUUCGUAAGACUGGCCAGUCAAGCAAUCCUAUAUCUCAAUGUCCUAAGUGCAACAAGUUUCACAAAGGAGAAUGGUCAACCUGGCCAUGUGGCUUCUUCAUGCCCAUCAAUCAAGAAACCUAAACAAGAGAAAAAGGGAAAAGCAAGGGUGUUUGCUUUAACUCACGAGGAGGCUGCUAAAAAUUUGGACGUGAUUGCAUGUAUUUUAUCCGUCUCUAAUAUUUCUGUUUACAUCCUAAUUGAUUCCGGUGCGACACAUUCGUUCAUAUCUAAUGUAUGUCUAGCUAAGAUUAAUGCUUCAUGUCAGAAGAAUGCUAGUGUACUGGAGGUUAGUAUGCCAUCAGGUGGAACUAUUGAUACGAAUAGGAUAGCAAAAGGGGUACAGAUAGAUUUUGAUGGACUGACUUUAGAGGCUGACUUGUAUGUUAUAGAGAUGAAAGAUUUUGAUAUUUUUUUAGGUAUGGACUGGUUGGGUGAGAAUCGAGCCAUGAUAGUAUGUUUUGAGAAAGAGGUAAUUUUUCGAAGACUGGGAGAAGAGGAGUUCUGA